GUUCGUGGAAAAGACCCUGAGCCCUGCAGGUGCACCGAGUCCCCAGGCCCAGGAGCAGGGACACCCAAUCAGUGCCUCCCACGCAGCCCGGGGAGCCUGCAGCCGAGCCAGCUCUCCUAUCACGCCUCUGGGACGGGCAGUAUUGGAAAAUUCACGUGGCAUGAGAGGAUGACAGACUCAGGAGGGCCCCCGAGGCGCCCGCUUUGUUUCUUAUCUACGUUGCUUUCCCAGAAAGUUCCCGAGAAGUCGGACACUGUGCUUCGCUGCAUAAUAUCUGGGCAGCCCAAGCCAGAGGUAACUUGGUAUAAAAAUGGUCAAACCAUCGAGGAAGGCGGCACUGUCUCCAGCUACGAGUUCUUCGAGAAUCAGUAUAUCCACCUGCUACAUCUCUACUGCUGUACCCAACAUGACACCGCUGUGUACCAGAUUUCCGCUAAAAACUGUUUUGGGAUGAUCUGCUGUUCCGCUUCCAUUGAAGUCGAGCACUCGUCAGAGAACACACAACUCCUUCCUAACCCGACAGAGGAUGGGACCACAGGUUGGAACCGUGGCCCACAGACCUCUGGGCAGAAAAGCACAAAUCAAGUGGAUGAGGAAAAACCUCCUUCUAAGGAAGAAGAGAGCCUCUGGUUGGGGACUCCCAUAUCAGCUGAUUCCUCGUCCUCCUCCAAAGUUAACCCUUUGCGCUCACUCCAGUUACUGGCCAGCAAUGAUACGCACUCGUCCAGUUCGGAAAAUCCCUCGGAUGCUAAAGGAACACGGCACAUGGAAGAGGCUUGUGAUCCGAAUAGCACAGAGGCGACUGCAGAUGGGUUGCUUUUUCCUAAUCCGAGUAAUGUUCCCGAUAAACAAGAUGGCUCUUGCCACGGGACAGUGCAGUCCAAGUUAUCAAAGUUAACGGAUGGUGCCUUCAACAGCGAUGAAGACUUGCACGCCAGCCCUCAAAGCCCCAAAGCACAGAAAUACAUUAGUGUCAGCCUACCACUGCUGGAGGCAGCCACGUCCAUUUACCCAGGUGACGGGGCCCCUGUCAACGAACAAAUCAGCUCACGGGUUUCCAGCGACGACUCUGACAGUGACUAUGAACUUUGCCCAGAGAUAACCCUAACCUACACCGAGGAGUUUUCAGAUGAUGACCUGGAGUAUCUGGAAUGUUCCGAUGUUAUGACGGACUACUCUAAUGCGGUUUGGCAAAGGAACCUGGAGGGGACUGAGCGUGUUUUUUUAUUAGAAAGCGAUGACGAAGAGAUGGAAUUCAGCAAGUAUGGCCUGGGGGAGCGUGAGCCCUCGCCCGGUGAAAUGGGUCGUGGGCCGCGGGUGUCAGAUGACACUGGACCGAUGGAGGCCUGUGCUGGCUUCUCUGGUGAUCACUCACAAUCCCAAGGAGUGACGGCAAGGCGUCGCCGAGCCUCCACCCACGGGCCCCCAUGCCCACAGGCAGGGAUGACUCUGACUUUGGGAUCUCACCAGGACGGGACGUCCGCCGUGACAGACCAGGGCAGAUAUAAACGACCCACGGCUUCUGCUGAAAAUGAUUAUCCAGGAAUUCAGGGGGAAACCAGAGACAGCCACCCGGCAGGAGAGGAAUUCGCCGGUGACAAGCCACUAACCGUGGAUAAAGCGGCGACAGGCAGAGAGGCAAAGCGCCUGUCUGGGGAGUGGGGAACGUCGGGGAUGAGCCAGUGUGUGAAGAUGGUGGCCGAGGAGAGACGAGGGGAAGCGGGUUCAUGGAGCCAGAGCUGCUCAGAGAAACCUGGCCAGGCGAGGCGGCCGGGAAUGAAGGGGAAGCCCAGGAAGCCGAAGCCCAGCCUGAGAGACAGUGCCACGGACGGCACCCUUCACGGCCCCCACCCCGCUGAGCCCACUGAGCACCCACUAUCGCAGGGCGAGAGGAAGGACAGUUCUGGCACCACGGCAGAAGCUCCUGGUUUGAAUUCCCCGUCCUGUCCAGAAGGGGCUAUUCCAACCCACGCGGAGCAGGAGGCAAAAACGCUGCAAACGCCACCAGGCGCACGCCCCCCGCAAGGGGGCUCGGACUUGGAGGGAGAAGGGGUGCAGGUUAAUAACCUCUUCGAGACAAGCCGGGCUCCAGACCAGAGUGCUCAUCCUCAGGUGCAAGUUCAGGACACAACGGGGGAGCGACUCUCUCCCAGCCGGACGCCAGCUUUCCCGGAGCCUGCCCAGGAGGGGUCUGCAUGGCCUGGGACCACAGCAGACGCCGUCCCCGACUCAGGAAGGAUGGAUGAUGGAAGCGUGUCACUGAUCCCACACCUGGACAGAGAAAACUGCACUCAAGGCCCACAGCGUGAAGAAAACCAAGGCAGAGGAGACGACGCACCUGGACGUGCCUGGGAGGACCCAGGACACAGGCUGAGACUCCCAGAAGCCACUCAGGCAACCCUGUCCCCGUUCGAGCUGCUGGUGUGUCUGCCUGCAGAGGGCAGCGGUGACCCUGGGGAGCCUGAGACUCUCUCUGUGGCGUCCCCUGCACCCGCAAACCUUGUCCCCACCCUGGGAGCUGUGUGCCAUGGGCCAAGGGGCAGAGACGCAGAGUGUUCGAUGGAACAUUGUAAAGCAGGUGACCAAGGAACAGGUGGCACCAUGGAUCCCCCUGCUGGAGCCCCCAUUCAUAAACAUUUGCCCCCAGAAUUCUGCUCCACGGACUUGCAGCAGGCGGAAGGUCAAAGCCAAGUGUCUGACUUGUGUUUUCCCGAUGAAAGGACACCGGGGGUUGUUUCCCAAAUGCAGGGUUCGGAGCCUGCACAGUCUACAGGCCAAAGCAGCGAGGACGGAAACACAGUCGCAUUUCCUGCACCCAGCGGUGCCCUCCCCUGGGACACGGCGCAGGAGGCCAACGAAGGCGCCACAGGGGAGCAGCCAGACGGGGGGGAGAGUUCCACCCCCACGCCGGCCGCCCCAGGGCAGGGCAGGCCGAGCCCCAGCACCACAGGAGGGCUUGAGGACGGACAGCCUCUGUCCUCUGAGAAUUCUUCGGUGUGGCGUGAAGAAGGUGAGGACACCCCCAGGACGCACGCCCUGGGCCCCACAGGUACACCCACCAGCCAUAGUCCGACUGCGAAGUUUCCUCAGGAGGAGACGGCAGCGUUACCUGCUACUCUGGAGUGUCUUCAGGGGACCGGGGAGAGUGGGGAUGCCCCAGCUUGUACCAUUGCCACCAAAGUCCACCCAGCCAAAUACAUCCCCAUUUCAAUGGCUGAGAACAGCCAUGCAGACGGCCCCGAGGGGAGCUCACCUCCGAGGCCAGGUGAAACUAUCUGUCCACAGCCUUCCAACGUACAGUCAGGCCGUAGUUUAAAUGGCUCCGCCCCUGCGUCUGCAGAAGGGCUUUGCACGGGGGCGCCCAGGGGACCGGGAGUCGGCGUCUGUGCUCCCCUGCUCCCGGAGGGAGAGCUGGGCCACGAUUCCCCUCUUCAGGCUGAUAACCAGUCUGGGGACGGGAGCCAGACCGCGCACGGAGCAGCCCAUGGGAGCCUGGAAGAGGAGCUCCAGGGAAAAGGAGGUGGGACAAAGCAGAGGGCCCCGCAGGAGAGCCUGCCCCGCCAGGGCUCUCUUUCCGAAGGUCACGUCCAGGAAAGUCAGGCCCCGAUGCCUGCCCCACGAGGGGAAACAGCCCCGGCACCUUUGGACCGCCCGUCAGCAAGCUGCGGGGAGGAAAGGGGGCCGUGCUCAGACCCGGGGACCGGUGUGUCCGCGGCGGCUGAAGCUACCGGGGAAGACGACAGGCCGACUGUGAGCAGUGCUGCGCCUCUCUGCAACAUCCCCCUGGAGGAGUCUGCAGGCAGCGGACCAGGAUGUGGGGAAGCAGGCCACCAGCCCAAGAGGAUGGCUCUAGGGGCUUCUGUUUCCGAGGUCCGGCCUCCAGGACAGCCGGCAGAUUCUGAGUGCAAGGAGGCAGCGGCUGGUGCCACGAUGCCUGAUGGGGCUGGGACUGUAGCUGACGCACGACAGGCAGGUGCUGCUGCUGGGCCUGAACUGGGCCCCUCCGAGCCGGCAGCAUCGGCCGGCGGUCCGCAGGCUGAGUCUGGCUCAGCCCCUGCUGACAACAGAGAAAUCCAUGAAGCUCAAAAGCCAGCCCGGCGUACCUACUGGCGCUGUCUUUCUGCCCGGUACCUGAGCCAGCGCCGGCUCCUGGAGUCGUCCGUGGACCCUGUGGAAGGGGAAUUCUGUGUCGCAGAUUUGCAUCCUGAAGGUUCCACACCUGGAGGGCAGGCAACUGUUAACCAUGCGAGUCAAAACCACGAGGAAAAACAGCUUAUGGUGGCCCUCCCGGCCUUCUUUAAAUCGUUUCUGACCAGCCCGAAAAUCCUCGAGUCCUCGGUGGAUCCCAUUGAUGAAGCAGGUGGGGUGGAGUCCAUUAGGGCGGGAACCCGGGAGCUGUCCGAACCCGUCCCGGGGCUCAUCUCAGAGGACAGUAAACUGGAGGACGGACACUCGGGCCAGAGAGCGGGAGUCAGACCUGCCAGCUCCCCGGUUCCAUGCUCCCAGCAAAGGGCGGGGACCGUUCCAAGUCAAGACGGCACCGACCGAAACCAAGAAGCGGGGGAGCGAGGGGAGGCCGAGCAAAGCAAAAACGGCGGAGCAGAUUGUGUUUCCCCUGCUUUAACUCUUUCCAGCGGUCUCGCAGUCGUGACUCAGGCAUCCGCUGGAGCUGACACUCAGAACGCCACAGGUCAAGUUCAGGACAUCCCCAAGAACCAUGUAGGGGAGCCCGGCAACUGCGCGCAUGCCCUUGCUGCCUCAGAGGAAGGGAGAGAGAGAGGGGGCGAGGGUGGGACACAGCCGCCCUCCCCUAGUGGUCUCACUCUGCUGCCUUCUCCUCCAUCCCCUGAAGGAAGCAUCACGAGCUUUCCAAUAAGCCGCAGGAUUGAGGAACCUGAAAAAGAGACGCCCCGAAGUGGGGAAGCCAAAACCUCAAGCCCAUCCAGCUCCCCGGCAGCGACUUUGGCGUGCACCUGGGGAGAACGUGAGUCAGAGACAGCUCCGGAGACACUGCAGGACCCGUGUCAGCGGGGCCCCGCCCUGGGCCAUGGGAACAAGUCCAGGGAGGAGAGGCCGAGACCCAUGGCCGCCCCAACGGGCAGACCCCCAGCGACUGCCUUGGAGAAGGGCAAGAGGAAGCAAGAAACCGCGGGAAGUGGACACUUAGCUGAGGGAAUGAAGAAGAAAAUCCUGUCCAAGGUGGCUGCCCUGAGGCUGAGGUUGGAAGAAAGGGAGAACGUCAGAAAGAACUCAAGCUUCCCUAGAAAGAUUCCUAAGCUCGAGACGUCGGCAUCGCGCUCCGGGGAGCAAAAGGACCCUAAGGAGCUGCCCUGCAAAAGAGAAGGAAAAGCUCCGGUCUUACUGAAGAGGAUCCAAGCCGAGAUGUUUCCCGAACACUCCGGAAAUGUACGAUUAAGCUGCCAGUUUGCAGAGAUUCACGAAGAUUCUACCAUCUGGUGGACAAAAGAUUCAACACCAAUAGCCCAGGUGCAGAGAAGCGCAGGAGACAGCUCCACGGUGUCCUUGGCCAUCGUCCAAGCCAGCCACAAGGACCAGGGCCUCUAUGACUGCUGCAUCCAGAACAGCUACGGGAAGGCGAUGGCGGCGUUUGACCUCACCCCGGAAGUUCUCAAACAACUUUCCAGUCGCCAGGAUGCGAAAGGAUGUGAAGAGAUCGAGUUCAGCCAGCUCAUCUUCAGAGAAGACUUCCUCCGGGACCGCUACUUCGGGGACCGCCUGCGAGGCCAGAUCGCCACGGAGGAGCUGCACUUCGGGGAAGGCGUCCACCGCAAAGCCUUCCGCAGCAAAGUCAUGCGGGGCCUCCUGCCCGUCUUCCAGCCCGGCCACGCCUGCGUGCUCAAGGUGCACAACGCCGUGGCCUACGGGACCAGAAACGACGACGAGCUUGUCCAGAGGAACUACACCCUUGCUGCCCAGGAAUGCUACGUUCAAAACACUGCCAGAUACUAUGCCAAGAUCUACGCUGCCGAAGCACAGCCUCUGGAAGGCUUCGGGGAAGUGCCAGAGAUCAUUCCUAUUUUUCUUAUCCAUCGGCCUGAGAACAACAUCCCCUAUGCCACGGUGGAGGAGGAGCUGAUGGGGGAAUUCGUGAAGUACUCCAUCAGGGACGGCAAGGAGAUCAACUUCUUGAGACGAGACUCGGAGGCGGGUCAGAAGUGCUGCACCUUCCAGCACUGGGUAUACCAGAAAACGGGGGGCUGCCUUCUGGUCACCGACAUGCAGGGCGUGGGAAUGAAGCUGACCGACGUGGGCAUAGCAACGCUGGCUAAAGGGUACAAAGGAUUCAAAGGCAACUGUUCCAUGACCUUCAUCGAUCAGUUCAAAGCGCUGCACCAGUGCAACAAGUAUUGUAAAAUGCUGGGGCUGAAAUCGCUUCAGAACAACAACCAGAAACAGAAGAAGCCGAGCGUCCCGAAAAGCAAAAGUCAGCCCAACUCCACGACGGCAAAGAAGGCGGCGUCUGGGACCCCGGCAGAAAAGAAGACCUAGCUAGCACCCCCCGAGGGAAUGAAGGGGUGCCGCGAGCAGCACGUGGUUGGUGUGUGGGUGGGCGUCGGACAACUCCGGAGAGAGCACGGGGCCGCAGAGAGGGCUGCGACAGCCCGAGUUCCCCGCUGCUUCCGAAGCCGGCGUCUGCUGUCUCCAUGGCAGUGCCCGGGAGCAGGGUUUGCGACCAGACUUAGGGAGGGACUGCGUCCAGGGUCGGCCUCGAGGACUGUCUGUCUUUGUACACGCCUGCAGCAUGUUUACCGCCCUCGCCUUAUGUGUCGAUGUGUGUAUUUGGCACGUGGCUGUGUUGUCCAGGACGUGGUGCCGAGCAGGGUCUGUCCACAGCCCAAAUCCUCCCUGCUCCCAUUCCUCGCCUGGAGAUUUCUAUACACGUCCAGCUGCUACGUGAACAGAAGAUACGGAUCCCUGUAUCAGGUCCAUCUAUCCCACUAGUGUCAAAUGUGCUAUUGUGGCUGGCGGUGGCUUUUUGGAACACGAGGCCACUUCCUGUCAUUACUCACACACCCAGUUAUGAUGUUCUGUUUCAUUAAAUUCAUAUUUAAACAAAAA